CUUCGAAGACUCUGUCGUGUGUGGUUUGGCAGACCUCCUGACUUGUUUCCAGCUCUUGUGAGACUGUGUGCGGAUUUGCCUUAGUUGAGUGGAAGAAUUUCUCAAGUGGACUUUGCCGACGUGCGUGAAGGUGAAGUGAGACGGUGAUAUUCUGCGGACACUGUGCGUGAGCGAGAGACUGGCUUUGGCGAGGCAAAGCAGAAGCGCGCGUGGGAGAGAAUUGGAGAAAGGUUGAGAAAAUGCCGAAGAGUCGCCUGGGCGACAAGUGAGACUGCCCGAGACAGCGAACAGGGACGGAGAUUGUAGAGGAGAGAGGAGGACAGUUAAGGACAGUUCGGGCUCAGUGGGACGAUCAGUGGACUGAGGCCGACGGUGCGUGCGUAGAGCCAGGAAUCUCCUGCCGUUAGGAUUGUGAUGGUGCUCGCCGAGGAUUUUCACCAGGAGCCCGUCCGGCUGAGGCCGCGAUCCGAGUAGCUCUGCCAUGUCAACACUUCCUGGGGGCCAUUGGACAUCCUGGGGAUGUGUCCAGGCUCUCAUCGUGACCUUGGCCAUCCUGCUUCUGUCAGAUCCAGCGAGCGCUUUGGAUCCUGGCAUAGAUCUCCUAGAAGCGCUCAACCUCUACACGAAUCACUCCUUCUACGACGGUGUCUCGCUGUCGGAGGAUCCCCAGCAACGAAUUGCUUAUCAUCUGCAAAGUGGUCAUCGAAAUUUACUUCUUCCGCCAUCAGUUUUCAUUCGCGCAGCCAAUUCAAUACGAAAAACAAACGAAUUCACACUCGCGGCUCAUUUACGGCAGGACAGAGAUAAUAGUGGGUCCAUCAUUGCGUUCUCUUCUGGUGCAAAUAGGUAUCUUGAAUUGCAAUCGAGUGGCCGCCGUGAUGAGUUGCGAUUCCAUUUUACCUAUACGACAUCAGAAGGUGUUUCCCAAGUGCAUGUAGAAUCCUUUCCGAAAGUUAUCAUAGACGAUAAUAAAUGGCACAAGAUAGCACUCUCAGUAAGUGGCUCCGAAAUUCAACUACUAAUUGACUGCCAUCCAUUGUAUAGACGAGUGACACAUUUUUUACCAGAUAGAAAUUUUAGUGCUUCCAAUAUGCAAUUGUUUGUUGGACAGAGGAAUCAACAAAAUCAUUCUUUAUUUAAAGGUUACAUUCAGGACGCUCGCGUGAUCCCGAGCUCCUAUGGCUACCUAACGCAGUGUCCCCACCUGGACACGCACUGUCCCACGUGUGGGCAAUUUAGUCACCUGCAGAGCUCCGUGGAGGAGCUGCGACAGAGUUUGGAGGAUCUAAAACAAAGGCUAGUGGCUGCAGAAAGUCGCGUUCUGGAGCUCCAGGAGUGCGACUGCCGGAAGUCGUGCGUGCUGGAGAAUGGCACGCGCAAGGAGGACGGCGAGGCGUGGGACGUGGGAUGCGAAGUCUACAAGUGCGACCGGGGCAACAUCAGCCACGGCGCGCGAGUCUGUGAUCCUUUACCGUGCAAGCAUCCCGUCACCCUGGAGGGUGAAUGCUGCCCAAAGUGUUUGAAAAAGUGCUUCAUCAAAAAGCAAGAAUUUGAACAUGGUGAAAGGCAAAUUCUCGGAUGCCGCGACUGUUCAUGUAUAGAUGGAAAUAUGAAAUGUGAUAUAUUAGAAUGUCCAAAGUUGUCAUGCCCAAAGGAGUUGCAAUUCUCCGUGACCGAUGAGUGUUGCAAGUUCUGUCCAGGAGACGAUUACUGCUCGAAAGGUCACGCAUGUCAUACUAAUGCUACGUGUCUUAAUCUUAACACCAAGUACACGUGUACCUGUCGUCCGGGCUUCCAAGGAGAUGGGUUUCAUUGUGAGGAUAUCGACGAGUGCGCUCAACAGGGCGGCCUCACGGGCAACCACUGCCACCUGAACACGCGCUGCGUCAACACGUCGGGAUCGUACGUGUGCGAGUGCCUACCCGGCUACAGUAGGUUAGACAAAUUCAACUGUGUGGAGGUCAACGAGUGCGACACGGGGCAGCACGCGUGUCACGCCAACGCCGAGUGCAUCAACACGCAGGGCUCCUACCACUGUCGCUGCCGUCCCGGUUACUCCGGUGACGGCUACGACUGCAAGCCUGUGUGCAACCAAACGUGCCUAAACGGGGGCCAAUGCGUGGCGCCGGGCGUGUGCUCCUGCCGUGUGGGCUUCGUGGGUGCCUCGUGCGAGCAGGACCUGGACGAGUGCUUGGCCGGGAUGCAUGGCUGCCGUGAGUCGUCCGUGUGUGUGAACAUGCCCGGCUGGUACUACUGCAAGUGCAAGCCCGGCUUCCGGACACGCGACACGGACUGCGUGGACAUUGAUGAGUGCCGCCACGGGACGCACAGUUGCCACGCCACGGCGCGCUGCGUCAACACCGAGGGUCACUUCGAGUGCCAUUGUCCUCCCGCCCAAGAGGAUCCCAAUUGUCGCCUUAGUUGCAUGUUCGAAGACAACGAGAUUCCGGAUGGCGCCAGUGUGUCGCCGCAGAAUCAGCCGUGCAAGGUGUGUACUUGCGAGCGCGGCGUGAUCUCGUGCGCAGACAAACCGUGCAACUGCUCAGCGUGGCGCGGAGGCGCCGGACGCGAUCUCUGCUGCCCACAAUGCGACCCCAAGGAGUCCUGCCAGCACCAGGAGCUGAAGCAUGUGGUCUUCCAGAGUGGCGAGCAGUGGAUCUACCAAUGCCAAACAUGUGAAUGCCUCUACGGGGAGUUCGAUUGCUGGAAGUUGGAGUGUCCGCCGCUGACGUGCAGCAAUCCGCUGCCUCUGCAGCCGGGCGACUGCUGUCCGCGCUGCGAGGACGACCCCUGCAACUUCUUCGGCAACGAGACGAGCGGCGCUGCGUCGGCCGGCAAGCCGUGCUCCUACCAGGGCCACGCCAUCGCCUCCGGACAGACCUUCAACGAUCCCUCCAGCCAGUGCACCACGUGCGCGUGCAAGGUCCCCUACUGUGCCCAACUGGACGGGCGUCUCUGCUGCAGCUUUGGCAGCUCUUGCGCUGACCCUGCUGAUCACCACGGAUCUGCAGUCACUGAAGCGUCUCAUCGCCAUUUGGCACCGCAAGCAGCGUCCGCUGAGACGCCCACGCCUGUCCCACUGACAUCCUUGCUGAGGCCCGCGGGCCCGCCGACGCGCUCGCCCGGCGUGUGAGCGAGAGAUAGUAGAGCCCAGGAGAUGGCGCGGCGAGAGUCUGACCUGUCGGAGCCACGAUGAUACUUUGCAGGAAAAAGUAAACACCAUGAUUCAAAUUGAGAUGAGAUGAUGAGAGAAGAGUGCCGCUGAAGAAGCCUCGAAGUAUGGAAAGUCACACUUUAAUUAACAAAUGGAUUCUAUGAAAUGAAAUGAUUAUUAAAUAAUACUGUUGCAUUGACAUUCCUUUGUGCGGAUAACUUUUAUACAGACACCCAAUGUUUGUUGUGUUGUACACAAAACGACAAAAUACCUUUUCACUCUCAUUGAUUUUGUUGUAAAGUUUCAUGGGAAAAAUGUGUCACUUUAGUACCGUUUUAGUACAUAAUGGUACGUUUUGUUUUUGUAUGAAUUUUUGUAUGUAAAUUUCUUCUGUAUAGCAAACGUACGUCCUAUUUAAAUGUCAAAUGAGGGAAGAAGUGUAGGAUUUAUCAAUUGAAAUCAACCAAAAUGUCUAUUUGUCUUCUAUUUAUAUUUGAAUUAUUUGUGCAAAUCUUUGUUUUUUUUUAGUACUUCAUUGCAUGUUCCUUUGAAUUUAUUGGAAAACUAAGGGAUUAAUAUUUUUGGAAGAGAACCACGUCAAAUUUACCAAAAAAUGUGACGUUUUUGUUCCUGAUGCGAAAAGUGAGGGAAAACAUUUUGAGAUGAACAAAAAACAGCAAAAAAAAUCAAGCUUUUGCGACAACAUUAAGAAAGAGAAAAAAAACUUGUUAUUUAAUUCUAGAUGAACCCAAACUCCCGUUUAACGAAGAACAUAGUUUUAAAAAAUGCGAUUUUGAACAAAAUUAUUGAUGAGAAAUCCCACAAGAAGAAAAAAAAGCGGAAAAAUAUGCAUAGAACUUUCAUGCUAAGCGACGUUGGGCGGUGAGAAACAAGAAAUAAGAAAAAAAGCACAAAUAUUUAAACAAAAAUUAAAAACAUGUUAAAUAACUUUUAGUUCCUUCAUUGUCUUUUAGAUGUAAGAGCGCGAGCGCGAUUGAGAAAAUAGUGUGAAUUUGCGAAUUUCUUUCUUUUCCAAAAACAUAAAAUAAGCAAAAAAAAACAAAAAUAUUAUAUUAUAAAGUUUUUCACAAUUGAAAAGAGAUGAAAAGUAAGGGAGAAUUAGUGAAAUGUGUAUGGAAAAUUCAUGAAAUUGUCCAUGAAUGUUAGUGUAUUGAUUAAAGAAAGGAAGUAAUAAUUGAAGAAAAUAAACUUUAACAAUUAAUUAUGAAGUCUUUUAAAUGCCUUUUUGUGUGAGGCGACAAAAAACAACCCUUCCGCUGAGGAGGGGGGAGAAGAAAUUGCACUCUUGUAAAUAGAGGAAGAAGAUAAUUAAUGAAGAAGAAGAAAUCAAGUAAAUAUAAAUGAGAGGAAAUAUUUAAAUUAAAGAAAUAAUGUUUUAAUUUCACUUAAGCCUUGUGUUAAUCAAUUUUGAUGGAUUUUGUAUAUAGAGAACAAAUACUUAAAAAAUGAAUUAACAGAUAAUAAAUAUUUAUUACACUGAAGGAGGGGAGAAAGAACACAAAGGAGAAAUUUAGGCGUAUUGAAAAAUUAAAAAAAAAAAUUUGAGAAAAGUGAAAAGUAAAUCAAACAUUCAAUUACAGAAAUUUCUAAAUAUUAAAAAAAAAAAUGAAAAUAUCUCACAAUUUUUUCAUCACUUCUCAACAAAGAUUAUUAUCUUUUGACGAGCGUGAAGAAAGGGAGAAUGACAAGGAGACCUAUUUAAAAAGUAAUCUAUUAACAACAUUGAUGAUGGAAAUGAAGAAUGGAGACUACGUAUUAAUAAUAAAAAAAAAUGAAGAAAAAUUAGCACAAAUAAAAAUAAUUCUUGUAAAUUUUGCGAUAGAUAUAAAAUAUAUUAUAAAUAUUUAAAAAGAAAAAAAAUAUAUUGUUAACUAUGUAUAAACAGACGCGAGGAAGAAUAAAUGAAGGAUGUGGAAUUAAAUUGGAGGAAAUUGUGACAGAAAAUGCAACUCUUUAACAGCAAAAAAGGAAACUAGAAAAUAGAAGAGAACUAAAGAAAAAAAAAUGAACAGAGAAUCAGAGAUGAAAAUCGAAAAUUUACCAACCAGAACACAUUAUCAGAAAUUUUCCCCCUCUUUCCCAUGACAAGAAAUGCUCACAGCAAAAGCGCCAAUUUAGUGAGAAAGAAAUUGAAAAAAAAUAUAACUUUUAUCAUAUCUUGAAGUGAAAAAAUGCCACGAAAACCACUAAACUAAAAAAUUCACUAAAAGACGAUUUGAUGGGGUGGAAAAAAGUACUUUUUUAUAUAGAAGAAUUAGGAAUUUAUGAAAAUAUAGUAAUGAAAAAGAAAAUCAUGUUUGACUUUUCUUGCAUAAAUUUGACACUCAAAAUAUAAAGAACAAAAAAAAUUACUUCACUAGAGAAAAUGAAUAAUUUUUCGUGAUAAAAUUACCUUCUUUUUCUACACACAAAGAUUAAAUAAAUGAUGAAAAAAAGCAUUAGUUUUCGAGUUGAAUGUUGUAGAUUUUUGAAAAAUUAAACUCACUGUGAAGAGAAUUUAAUUUA